GAAACACUUGACGUAUAAAUCAUACGCUCGAUAAUAAUAAUAAAUUAAUGACUAAUGUACAAAAAAUGUAGACACUAUUAAUUUUUAUAGACUGUUUUAUGACAAUGGAAAAAUUUAUCUUACUUUUCGUUUCUAUAAUGCCAUCAAAUUCAGUUUUGGUUAACUGGACACAAACUAGAUGGGACAAUGCCGACAAGAUUUGUUCAGGUUUCGGUAGGCAUUUGUAUACCAUACAAAAUCUGGAUGAUUUGAACAGUGUUACUUUAAAAAUAAAUAUCUCUGGUGAUACUUCCUUUUGGAUUGGAGGAAAAGAAAGAAGAAAAUACUUCUUAUGGAAUGAUAAUAAAAAAAGACUUGUAGAUGAACCGAUAGGGUGCUUUCAGUCUGAAUUAAAGAAUUGGCAAACAUUUCAUGAUAACCAACCAACACUUUGCAUUAGUUUUUGUAAGCACCACAUGCGAAGAGCUUUCGCUGGAUUAUCAGAAAAAAUGUGCAUUUGUUAUGAUAAUCUACAUUAUGUUAAGCAAGAAGUGGACAUAAAAUGCAACGUUUCAUGUCCUGGAGACACGAAUUAUAAAUGUGGAGCGCCAAACAUGACAAUAGUAUACAGAACAGAAGAUAGUAUAAAGUGGAAGAUGUAUGAACCACAUAGCGCCAGUAAAAGAGACGACUGUGUUUGGGUUACUCAAGAUAACGAAAAACAACUGAUAUGGUACCAAGAUCGAUGCAGAUUUGAACACAAAUACAUAUGCCUAAUAUUUGACAAAACCAUAUGUAAAUUCCGUGGAAGCUUGACAUCGCCAUGCUACUACAUGUCUCCAGAGCAAACAAACUGGUUCGAAGCAGUAAGAAAGUGUAGAGGUAUGGGUGGCCAUUUAGCCGGUAAAGAUUUAAUUCGAGAAGAUAAUGUAACCUUAAGUGGGUCUUCAUUUUGGACUUCCUUGACCAGAAUACGACAAAAAUGGAAUAAUGGGAGGAGAGUAAAUGAUGUGUUGCCAAGGUCUGAAGAAAUAGAUCCAAGAAGAACGGGAUGUUUAUCUCUUGAACAGAAAAAUGAUGAAUGGUCCAUUCGUGCCAAACCAUGCGAUGAAUAUCACCCGUUUCUAUGUAGUCCAGCUCUACAUUCACCGCAGGAUAUUAUAUCCUUAACUCCAGAAAAGAUAAUGCAGCAUUUUUUUGAUUUUGGUAAGUAG